AUGAGCAAGAAAGUUACACUCAACACUGAUAUCGUUUUAUUUGAUCUAGAUGGAACACUAGUUUAUACAACAGAUGUUGUUGAAGCUUUAUGGAGUGAAAUAUGUGACCAGUAUGGGGUUGAUAAAACCAAUUUUUUUGAACAUUCACAUGGUUCACGUACUUCAGAAAGUUUUGCAAAGUUUUUCCCAAUGAUUGAUAAUACUGAUAAUAAAGCGGUUUUAAAACUUGAAAAUGCUAUUCCUGAUCUUCAUGGUGACAAAGUCAGAGUUAUUUCAGGUGCUAUUGAGUUAUUGAAUGGACUUGACAGAGAAAAAUGGUGUAUUGUUACAUCAGGUAACAAUUAUAUCGCACAUAGUUGGUUCAAUAGUAUUUUAAAGACAGUGCAGAAACCAACUACAUUUAUUACAGCUGAAUUGGUUAGUAAAGGGAAACCAGAUCCAGAAGGUUAUUUGAAAGGUACUGAAAUAUUGAGUAAAAAGUUGAGUUUAUCAUCACCAAAAUCAAUUGUUUUUGAAGAUGCCCCUGUCGGUGUUAAAGCCGGUGUGGCAGCUGGUGCAACUGUUAUUGGUGUUUCUAGUGGGUUUGAUGCUCAAUUGUUGUAUGAUUCAGGUGCAAGCUAUGUUGUCAAAGAUUUAACUCAAGUUAAAGUUAUAGAUGGAGAUAAGAUCACUUUGGAAGUUGCUUACGAUUAA